AUGUCUCUUAUUAUUCCCUCACUCUCAAUGUCACUUUCCCUCCCUUCCAAUCCCAAAGCGCCAAAACGGUUUCUGGCUUUUCAUUUUUUCAGAAGCACUAAGCAGAAAAUCUCUCUCUUGAGUUUCAGGCCUUUCCCAACAGUUCCCCUUCAUUGCUCUCAGGAAAGAAGCAUUGAACCGUUGGGACAUGAACAGGAUGAGAGCAUUGGAAGAGUGACCACUUUAUCAAUCACAGAGGACAACGUUUUAAGCAGCAACUUUCCAGUGCUUCAACUGAAUGACCUACCUCCUCUAGUCAGUGCAUUGAAGGCCUCAGCUGAACAGAAUACAGCCAGUUUUCACUUUCCUGGACAUAACAGAGGGCAUGCUGCUCCUGCUUCAUUGACUCGUCUAAUUGGAAUAAGACCAUAUGUUCAUGACUUGCCUGAGCUUCCAGAGCUUGACAACCUCUUUUGUCCCCAGGGUCCCAUAUUAGAAGCACAAAAAGAAGCAUCCAAACUGUUUGGAUCGUCAGAGACAUGGUUUCUUGUUGGAGGUACUACUUGUGGGAUCCAGGCAGCAAUAAUGGCAACCUGUUCGCCUGGAGAAUUUCUGAUUCUUCCUAGGAAUUGUCAUUUAUCUGCUAUAUCUGCUAUGGUAUUAUCUGGUGCAGUGCCCAAGUACAUUAUUCCUGACUAUAAGAAUGAUUGGGACAUUGCUGGUGGUGUAACCCCAUUGCAGGUAUUGAAUGCUAUUCAGGAGCUAGAAAUGGAAGGGAAAAAAGCAGCAGCAGUUUUCAUCACUUCACCUACUUAUCAUGGUAUUUGCAGUAACUUGAGCGAGAUUUCUGAGUUGUGUCAUUCUCGUAAAAUUCCUUUGAUCGUUGAUGAAGCUCAUGGUGCACAUCUAGGAUUUCAUUCUAAACUGCCAAACUCAGCCCUCCAGCAAGGGGCUGAUCUGACUGUACAGUCCACUCACAAAGUUCUGUGCUCUCUUACUCAGUCAUCUAUGCUACACAUGUCAGGUAAUAUUGUAGAUAAGGAAAAAAUAUCUAGAUGUCUUCAAACUCUUCAAACCACAAGCCCUAGUUAUCUACUUUUGGCAUCCCUUGAUGCUGCUAGAGCUCAACUUAGUGAAAGCCCUGAUAUUGUAUUCAACCAAGCAAUUGGAUUAGCCUAUGAAGCAAAGUGCCUGCUAAAACGAAUCCCUGGUGUCACAGUGCUUGAGAAUUCAAGCUUUCCAACCUUUCCUGCAAUGGAUCCCUUGCGACUUACUGUUGGUUUUGGGAAGCUUGGUUUAUCAGGUUACAAAGCAGACGAAUUCUUAUACAGGGAUUAUGGAAUUGUCUGUGAAAUUGUUGGGAGUAAGUCCAUCACUUUUGCACUUAAUCUUGGUACUUGUAGGGACCAUGUCCAAAGGCUUUUAUUGGGAAUAAAACAUCUAGCUGCUACAUAUGCUUCCAUUCAGCAACCUGAAGAGAGAAUACUUACUGGUCAUGAACCCUUUGAAGAUAUAACCAUGAUUUUGAUCCCUAGAGAUGCCUUUUUCGCAAGUAAAAGAAAAGUAGCAAUAAAGGAGAGUCUCGGUGAGGUUUCAGGGGAGCUUAUAUGUCCAUAUCCUCCGGGAAUACCAGUAUUGAUACCUGGUGAGGUUAUUACUGAAAAAGCUGUUGAUUAUCUGCUCCAUGUAAGGAGUAAAGGUGCUGUAAUUAGUGGAGCAUCUGAUCCCUUGCUUUCUUCUAUAGUUGUCUGCAAUGUAUAGUAAAACAUCUGGGGAGAAGCACCUUGAAGUUAAAACUUCCCAAGUGCCCUUCUUUGGUCUCUGAGUCACACCAGAAGGUUAUAACACUUGACAAAGAUUUCACACAGCUGAAGAAAUUCUUAGGUUGUUAGUUUGGUAACUUUUCUAUCAUUUUAUUCUGAAUUUUUGUCUCUUGAAAAUGCUAACAAAUUCCGAUGCUCUAGAUGUAGUUCAGAAUCAUUGGGAAAGAAAUGUAUUAGUCAUGACACUGGGGCUAUUACACGUUGAUACUUAUCGAAGGGCUGAAACUAUAGCUAGAAGCACCUGCACGCUGCCAUAAAUAUGAAAAGAAUGGACUCAGCCAUAAAAAUGAAAAGAUAAUGGCAAUUAAUUUUAUAUUUUGUUGAUAGAUUUAUAGAAUGUUAAAGAAGAAAAGGAAGGAUUAGUUAAUAAUUUCUUUUAUUGCAUAUACGAUAUACAAUGUUUGUAUAGGCCAUUGAAGUUAUGGUGACAGGAAAGUCAAAUCCUGGGAAGUCAAUGCCAGACACCAGCAAUCACUGCAAUGUAUGUAUGUUCAUCCUGGUCCUCAACAAUUGUCUGUUUUCAAUUUUUAGGAUUAGAAAAGUCGACUCAAAUAAACGUCAAAGUGUU